CGAGCUCUUAUAAAAUGAGCUCUGACCGGUACAAUCGGUACACGUAGAAUCCGUGAAUGGUCGUAAAUCUAAUUCAGAAAUAGCACAUUAAUAGUUGAUUCAGCUUCCGAUCUCAAAUAUAUCCAGCCCAUCAUGUCUGCCCACCGCAGCCCUUAUCAAGCCCCUCCAGACUUGGAAGGAUCCUUCAGAUCCACCAACAGCACUCUUUUCCCUCCUAUGCCCAAUCUCUCACUGGAUUAUGAUUCCAGUGCCGAACCUGAUGGUUCUUCCCUACCCUUUCAGCAUGCUCGACCAAGUUCCGGCGACCGGCACACGGCAGGUACUAUCCCUACCUUUCCCCCAGUUCCUUCUCUUAGGCUUGCCCCUGGUGUCGGCAAUUCCCCCAAGAGGGCGAACUAUGCCCAUUCUCGAUCUUGGACGUUCCCUUCUACUUUCGCUCCUUCUUAUGACACUCAAUCGGGCAGAAAUCCUGGGGAUAGUGAGGGCCAGAGUUCCACACCCUUCUCCAAACCUGUCGACCCGACCGUCGGUCCCCAGAACCCCGAUGGAUCGAUGCAUAUCGCGACCAUCAAUUAUCAGCGACUGGCCGCUAAUUUACAGGCGACGUUAUUUGAGAAGAUCAUGGCCGCUACGUGGGAGGACGACGACGGGGCCGACAACGGCGGUAAGAGGGCACGCGCGAGCCAUGGAGAAGACUUGGGAAAACGUGCAGAGGUAUCAACUUUUUCCGCUAGAGACCGUGCUCUAGCGAACCUCGAAUCACUUCACGAAGCCAAUCGUUUCACUGCCGGAGGCUAUAAGGAUUACGAAGAGAUCGUAACCGGUUCCCUGUGUGAUUUAGCAGAUGCAAUAAGCGGCGUGGACGGUUUUACCGAAGAAACGAGUUUGUUGUCAUUAACCCAAGGGUUGGAGGGAUGUAUGUUGCCUGAAAAGACGGAUAGGGAUACCACUACUCUAAUGUGCGUCGAGACGGCGUACAAUGACCUUGUCCAAAAAUAUUCUCGGCUCCAAUUGGAGAAUGCCCAACUCGAGCGUGCUGCACGGGAGUGGAGGCAAGCGCUGGAUGAUAUGACCAGUUACAGUAACCUGCAAUCACGCUGUAUGAGCGGGCGUAUCUCGAGAGAAGAAUUCGAGUCGCAAAGAUCCAUGAUUGGCCGGAGGAUGAACAGCAUGAGGAGAGAUGCGUGAUAUGCCUGAUGGCAGUUGUGAAAGGUGUUGGCCAAGCUUCAAAAAGAUAUCCGAAAAGUCGAGAAAACGUAUGCUACAGUAUUGUCAGUUGGAAAUUAAAAGUAUCAAUCGUCG